AUGAAGCCACCAACGAAACCCAUUUCGAGCCCUGGUCGAACCGAGAAGUUUCCACCACCGUUGAUGAGAUUCUUGAGAAACAAUGCCUCAAGCAGAAGCAGAGGAAGGUCAAGAACCACCACCGCCAUGUUUCUGAGAAAGAAGAACACCAACAAUAUUGAAACACAAGAACCCUCUUCCCCCAAAGUCACUUGCAUGGGGCAAGUCCGCGUUAAACGCUCCGCCUCCAAAAGGGUGCCCUCCGCCGGCGCCGGAACUCCGACCAAGUUUCGGUGCUGCUCAUGGGUCCCACAUGCUCUGUUUUUUCACCGUUUAAUAAAACCCGAAGUUUGUUUCCCCUUUCAGUGCAAACAAGUUUGGCCCAAUUGGAGGUUCUUACAAAGAAAGAAAAGGGAUUCCAAAGUCACGGAAACUUCUUCGCCGAAAACAGAGUUGAAUUUCAGGGGAAGGUUUAACCCUAAUUACGACGACUCAGAGCAUAAAGAUAGAGUUAUUGUUAACCCUCCCGCUUUUGUUUCCAACACUUCAAGUACUCCACCGAGGAACGCUUUGUUAUUGACACGCUGCAGAUCCGCGCCGGGGAGGAGGUUCUUGAACGAAGAGACAGAGGUGGUUGAAAAAAAUAGAGUAAACAGAGAACACUCUGAGAAUAACAGAGACCGGAAGUUGGAGGCGAAGUUACGGUUCUUCAAAGAGCUUGAAGAGUCACUGAGGGAGAGAAUAAUAAUGGAGUCAGAAAAAGCAAGGGAAGAAUCUGACUCUGUUCAUCCUCUGGUUCUGACGAGGUGCAAAUCUGAACCCGCGAGAACCGCACAAAAACUCGAUCCUGAAAUGAACGGGCUUUCGAAGAAGACAACGUUGGGGUUCGCUCAUGCUUGGUUUUCACAUGGUUUGUGA